AUGGAAGCGGUCACCGAAGAGAUGCAGGAAACUUUGGUGAAGACAGCGCAUUCUCCCCUGAUUUGUGAAGCUCGAGAUGCCACCAGCGCCUUGCAUGAUCGCAGAGGACGCACUGCUGCACAGGCUUCAGCGAUGCCGAUACAUCUCGGCGUGUUGGCUGAACUUGGGCUGCGCUUCGCCGCCAAAUAUCCAGAGGGCGUCGCUGAACCUGGUGACUUAUACAUCACCAACGACCCUUACGCCGGCGGCACCCACAUGCCUGACAUCGCGGUUGCUGCGCCAGUGUUCAGUGGCCCACAGUUGGUCGGGUAUGUGUCAACCAUGGCCCAUCAUCGAGACAUUGGCGGUUUGCUUCCUGCCAGCGUCAGCGUGGCCGCACGAGACAUCCAUGCGGAGGGUUUGAGACUACCGAUCAUUCGUCUAGCCAAGUCUGGUCAGAUCAAUCCAUCGAUCUUAUCGAUGAUUGAAGUGUGUAGUCGCACCCCAAAAAGUAUGCGCGGUGACCUGGGUGCCCAAAUAGCUGCUUGCAAGACCGGUUCCCUGCGUUUUUCAGAGUUGUUUGAACGUUGGCCGGUCGACACUGUGUACGAGUCGAUAACAGCCUUGAUGGACUACUCAGAACGAAUGACUCGAGCGGAAAUCAGCACGGUACCGGACGGCCAGUAUCAGUUCUCAGACAAACUAGACGACAAUGCGCUGGACCCCGACUCUGGACCGGUCACUAUCGCAGUAACAAUGACGGUAGCUGGCGAUGAACUGUUGUUCGAUUUUGCCGGCAGCGACCCGCAGGUUGAAUCAGCCAUUAACAACGUACUCGCUUCUACCGCAUCUGUGGUGUACUACGGCGUGCGUACGCUAACCGGCGACCGCAUCCCAAAUAACGAUGGUUGUUUUCGACCCAUCACGGUCACUGCGCCGGAAGGGUGCGUCGUCAACGCGAGCUAUCCGGCGCCGGUCGCAUCGCGUGGUAUUGCACUCAUGCGCAUCGAAGAUGUCGUCGUUGGCGUACUUGGAAAAGCGCUACCUCAACGAAUGACAGCUGCACAUAGUGGUCAAUACACGAUGGUCAGUGUUGCUGGUACACACCCGGACAGUGGCGAACCAAUGAUUGGUCAGUUAAGCGGGCCAGUAGUUGGCGGCCAUGGCGCUCGUCCCACCAAAGAUGGCAUCGAUGUCAGUUCGCACGGCUGCACAAACGGCACCAUCGAUGCGAUGGAGUUAGGCGAGUCUCGUUACCCAAUGCGCUUCAAUCAGAUGGCGUUGUGGCCAGACUCUGGCGGUGCUGGACGAAAUAGAGGUGGGCUAGGCUGGUUUGCCGAGGUUGAGUGGACCCACGGCGACAGCAUGAUCACCUUUCGGCGUGAACGAACACGCUUCCAGCCCUGGGGGCUGGCAGGGGGUGGCAGCGCACCGCUGUGUCGGACCGAGUAUGAGGACGCCGAUGGCAAGGUAGUGGCACUGCCUGCCAAGGUGGUGAUUCCUUUUUCAACUGGCGAAAAAUUGCGCUACUGGACCACCGGCAGCGGUGGCUAUGGCAACGCCUACCAGCGUGCUCCCGAAAAAGUGUUGGAAGAUGUGCUCAACGGGCGGGUGACAGUGGCUUCGGCAAGAGCAGACUACGGUGUGGCGAUUCGGGAUAGUCAAAUUGAUCAGGCGGCGACAGGAAGGCUUCGAGAUGGGAGCUGA